AUGAGGGCUGGACACGAGGAUACUAUCAAGAAAGCUUCCGCGCUCUUCGCUGAUCAUGCCACGUCAAAGAGACCUGUCCAUCCCGAUCUCCGCCUAUGCAUAUUCUCCACCGCGGCACGUCACGGUGGUGAAACGGCCUUCGAUCAGUUGAUGAAGAUCUAUGAGACGGCAGGAUUCACCGAAGUGGAACGGAAUUGUAUCGUAGCACUUUCACAGACACAGGAUGCCAAGCUUCUCGAAAGAUUGUUCAAGUGCGCCAUCCAAGAAGGGAAGGUUCGCGCACAAGACCAUAUGCUGCUUUUCUUUGGUGCAAGCUUUAGUAGGAUAGGUCAAGAAUUUAUCUGGAAGUACUUUAAAGAGAAUAUGACUUCUCUGGCGGGAAAGUAUGGCGGUGUGGGAUCCAGCCUGUUCCAGAGGUGCUUGAAAUUAUCUGUUGAGCGGCAAUGCACGGAAGAGCUUGCUCAAGAAGUGGAAAACUUCUUCUGUCAUAAUCUCUCCCCAAAAGAUUUCCAGACGUUGUACCGCCCUAUACAACAGGCAACGGAGGCCGUCCGUCUGAACAGUAAACUGCUGCAUUCGAACAUGGAGGACAUCGACAAGUUUCUCAAAAACCAAGGACUAUAG